AAACACCAAGUCAGUUGGUUGAGACAAAUACGUCUCCUCCAGCAGAAGGUGGUCCGUACCACUGGGCUGCUGUCAUUGCUGUCGUCCUCUUUGUUCUUCUGGUACUGAAGAAAACAAAAAUCUGGGAUUGUGUGAAGAGGGUCUGCAGAAGGUAGAGGCUGAACAGAGCAGCUGAGGGGGACGAGGACCACGACAGGCAGGAAGAAAAGUGAUGGUCGACAGUCAGCUGCAGGACACGCCGCCUCCACCUGUUUGAUCAAAGUGUUUACUGGGCCGACAACCAUUAAACCUCCACACGCGUCUGCUGGACCUCAGACACCAAACAACAUGAAAGCUGCUGCUCAUCAUUCAGCGUUAAUCUGGACAAUCCAACUCCCACUUGCACUACAUGUAAAUACUGCACAUUGUCACAUUUUUAAUUUUAUUUUUUUAUAAGGUUUAUUUAAUUAUUUAAGUUUAUUUAUUAUUUAUUAUUUUGUAUCUAUAAAUGCCCAUCGUACUUGUGGGAGGAGUGAACAUCUUCCUCAGUGAUGCAGCGCCUCCUGCUGGUCUUUGCCUUACACAAACGUGUUGUCACUCUCAUCGGUACCAGCGCUUUUACUUUUGUAGAGAGGAGGUGAUGACAGCAAAGUAAGAAACAAGUUUAUUUGAAAAUGCAAUAAAUAUUGUAUAUUUACAUUAAGGAAUAUGGUAAUCAUAGUUAAUGAUCUAUUUUUAUGUUGUAAAAAGCCUGUAAUAUAGGAAAGAGAAAUGAUUAUAACAAUGUUCCAGUCGCUGAGCCUCGGUCUGAUAGAGCGGACUGUGCAGCACUGCUCUCCAUGUUUGGCCACGAGGGCGGAUGAGCUGAACGGAUGUGCGUGAGGUUUCAGCAACGAGCCAACACUCUGGGGAUCCUGUUUCCAAAGCUCGGGGGCUGCAGUGAAGGCGGGUCCGGCUGGCGGACGACGACGGCGACACACAAAGCAAACAAAAGCAGCAAAGGAACAACACUUCCUGUCCUGGAUGUACGCUCACCUUGUCACACAGGUGACCCGACACCUUUGUCAACUCCUGUUCUCACCUUAUCCACUCCGAGGGCAAAGAAAAACCCUGUGGUCGUUUCAUGUUAAUCAGCCAUGUUUUUAUCAUUUGAAAUAAUUUCAAAUAAAAGUGGGGGAAAAGGGUACCUGAUGGACAGCGUUUUUGUUUUCUCUUCCUGUUUACUGCUGUUUUUGUCAUCUCUGCAGUGACUUUUAGAGAAGAGUUUAAAUCUUUUCCUGAAUUAAUGAAUUGGUUGUAGCACAACUCAAAAUAUUCUAAAUGUUUCUAACAGUAUUUCAGUGUUUCUGUUGGUAAGUUUAAAUAUAAGGCCUGUACACAAACUGGUGACUUCAGCUGUCAGAUGUGACUCGUCUCAACAUCAACUACCAGACUCCAGCAGAAAAACUUGGUCACAUGUUUGGUCGCCAUCGCGGUCUUUAUGUUUGUUGGCUUUUUUCCUCAUAGGCGUCAUUUGAAAGGUGAAAGAUUAAAUGCACACGUGGGAACAUGAAAUAACAUGUGAAUGUCUUUAACAUGAUGUGGAAGCUACAGUAAGAGUGACGUGCAGGCCAGACUGUCGGUCUGCAACACGUGGAUACACACACUAUGAUGUAAACGGAUGCGAGGAGAUCGCUGCUUUACGCGUGACGGAAACACGCAAGCUAUCGCGGAAGAGGCCAUUAUUGAACGCUACAUGACUGAAACUCGCCGUUAUUGAGAUCUGCAGAAGAAGCGCGAACAACAGCGGAAGGGGAGGGGUUAGAGAGCACGUGACCCCGCGGUUGACCUACUUCACCUAUAGACGUGCAGGGUUCAACCAGCAUUCGGUGAAGGGAAAUUCAAACCUUUCAGCAUGUGGACUGCGCUCAAAGUUUCAGACCAGGUAACAAAAGUCUAACUUCAUUUGGUAAACACUAACCCUGAGUUUUUGUGGGUUUUACCACGCCAGGGUCUGGCUGAACUCUGCAGGCUGCAGCUGCUUCAUUCAGUUCAACGUCCCUUACAAAGAUGCGCGUGUCUUCGGUUGGAAAUACUUAACAUCCGCUCGGGCAACAGUUUCACCAUGCGGUUUGUGCAGCGCCGAUAAAACAAGUGAAAUAUCAGCAUGUUUUAAACCCAGGAGUGUUGAGGCUGACUUCGUCGUCUGGUGGCAGUUUGGAGAAAAAUGUUUUGCUUCGGCAACGUAGAGAGCUUCGACUCAUGUGCCCGACUCAGCAAGUCAGGGCAACAGAGGGUGAGAACGCAACUCUUCCGUGUCAUCCGGAUCAACGGAUCGACUUGUCUAACCACACAGUGGAGUGGACCAAACUCAACCCCGAGGAGACCGUCCACGUCUAUCGACGCAGAAAGGACGAUCCUGGCCCACAGAGUCCACAAUACAAAGACAGGACGACUCUGAACCGUGAGGACCUGAAGACAGGAAACCUGGCGCUGCACAUCUCCUCAGUGAAUCAGUCUGACAGCGGGACGUACAGAUGUGUCAUCCCAGAGGAGGCAGAGCCCUGUACUGUUGUCCUUCUCAUCGAAACCCAAGACCAACCGGGCGAGACAGAGACAACAACGCGUCUUCUGGAAGAAGGAAAACCUCGACUCAUGUGCCCGACUCAGCAAGUCAGGGCAAAAGAGGGUGAAAGUGUGACUCUCUUGUGUCAUCCGGAUCAACGGAUCGAUUUGUCUGAAGACACAGUGGACUGGACCGUCCACGUCUAUCAGUGCGGACAGGACGAUCUUGAUCCACAGAGUCCACAAUACAGAAACAGGACGACUCUGAACCAUGAGGACCUGAAGACAGGAAACCUGACGCUGCACAUCUCCUCAGUGAAUCAGUCUGACAACGGGACGUACAGAUGUGUCAUCCCAGAGGAGGCAAAGUGCUGUAUUGUUGUCCUUCCUGUCGAUGGUGCCAAGAUGGAGGCUGCCUGGAUCGUCAUCUCCACCGGUGUCGUCAUCGCUGUUGCUCUUGUUCUGUUCAUCCUGGUGAAAUGUGGAAGCACCAAGAUUUGUAAGACGUUGGAAUGGAUGAAGGGACAGGAAGCAGAAAAGGCAAACAAUGGCGAGAUGGAAAACCUGAGGACCCAAACAGAGCGACGUAGCAGUGAGUCGGCGGUCUGAGACGAAAUCCAUCCAUCCAUCCAUCCAUCUUCUUCCGCUUCAUCUGGGACCGGGUUGCGGGAGCAGCAGCUUGAGCAGGGAUGCCCAGACUUCCCUCUCCCCAGACACUUCCUCCAGCUCUUCCGGGUGGACCCCAAGGUGUUCCCAGGCCAGCCGAGUGACAUAGUCCCUCCAGCGUGUCCUGGGUCUUCCUCGGGGCCUCCUCCCGGUGGGGCAUGUCCGGAAGACCUCCCCGGGAAGGCCUCCAGGGGGCAUCCGAAACAGAUGCCCCAGCCACCUCAACUGACUCCUUUCGAUGUGGAGGAGCAGCGGCUCUACUCCGAGCUCCUCACCCUAUCCCUAAGGGAGCGC